AUGCCCGCCUUCCAGGCCAUCAACCUUGAGCCGGAGGAAAAUAUCGACGAGCAGAUCGAUACCACCAAGGAGCUUCACGUCGACGAAGCUCUCAAGCGCUUUCAGAAUGCGUUAAAGCUCCACGCGCAAGGCAUCCGGUCCCGCGAAGCCGCCAGCGCAGCCUACGACGAGCUUUUCGAGUCGGAGAUAUUCAAGUAUCGAGAAGCGAAAACCGACUACGAGCGAACGGAGCUACAGAGCGAUGGCCAGGAGGCAACUUCAGCACCCGAAUCGUUUGCCGAUGGACUCGAUGUCGCCGCGGGCGGUGCCGAUGGAGUGGCUGCUAGUCUUGCGCUUGCACUUUACCUCUCCUAUAAGAACUAUGGGCAGUUUUACCUGGAUAAACUAAAAGAUGAGAAGAGCUCAAAUCCCGAAUGGAGCAACAAGCUCCAGAUAUACUAUCGCAGCGACCAAGGAAAGAAAGUUCUCGACAGUUGGACUUCGGCACUGGACCAGGACCCUUCAGAUCCAGAGCUGUGGAGAAAAACGGCGAGAUUUGCUGGCGCAAUGAAUAGCGGAAGAAUCAAACGAUACUGUCUGGAGGCUGCAAUAGAGCUAGAUGAUGAUCCGGCUGUAAUGGAGGUUGAACCCCCCUCUCUCGCGGAGAGCUUGGCUGGGGAGCAGCUCAAGAUGUACUUGGAUCUUCUCGGCGACGACAUGGCAUUGUCACACCCUGCCAUGGCGCCUUGGCUAAAGAAAAAAUUGCCCUCAAUAUUGAAGCGUCACCUUGACCCUAUCCCAUUCUUGCCAGACCCGACCUCGAGCCUCUCCAUCCCACCAGAAAUGCAGAUUACCCAACAGCUGCUACCCGCCGACAAUGCCGAUGAGACCCUAUCCGUGUCGAGCGACGUAGAACCGUCGAGCAAGCAUGUUGAGUCGUGGUCCGAUCUCGGGCUCGAGCUCAUGAAAUGCGUUGAGAGCACAAAGGAUGCCUUGGAAGUUUGCAGACUAAUCUUGCAAACGGCCAAGCAGGAUACAGAGAUGGAUGAAUCGCGAGACGAAACCACCAAUGAGCCCCAGAAUGGCACUUUGCCCGAAGAGAAAAAGGCUGCGGAUACCAAUGGAAAGGACGAGAAAGCGUCUGUGACGCCGCCAGUUGAGUCGAAAGGGAGCCAGGCGUCUGAUGUUGUCGAUGACGCUGCCAAAGGCUCUGACGGGACACAAAAGGAGUCCAACGCGCAACAUUCAGCCAGGAAGCGAUCACAGUCUGCUGCGGGACUACCAGACGGUGCUGACGAAGAGAAUGUGACUGAAAAGAGGAGCAAAAGAGUCCGUAGAAGAGCGGAAACUUCUCAAGCCGAGGAAGCUCCUGAUCCGAACACUGUUAUUGCUAACCAACUUCGCCCUUUUCAAGAAGCUGACCAGCAUCUCUUUACCAUGACAAAGAACUUACUCGAGACCAUUGGAGUUGAGGAUAAAGAAACUAUCGAGUACCUCGAUGAGGUUCUAAACCUGUGCGUCGCUGAGGAUCGGUUGUCCAAAUUCACUCAUGUGGGAUCCAAAGACUUGCGCACCCUGAUUGCCGACUUCAAAGAGGACGUUGCCAUGGUUUUUCUUAAUAAGAAAGAACAAGCCACUUUGGGGCUCUCUUCCUUCUUGGAGCAUGCCAAGACUGGAUCCGAGGAUCAAGCUGUGAAUGUUCCUUUUAAUGAAGCUAAAGGCUUGAGAGACUUCGCUCAGAGAGUGGAGGAGAGGCAUGAGUAUAUAACGAGCGACGAUAUUGUUUUUGAGUGGAUGAAGACAAUAAGCUCCAGUUAUGCUUCCUUCAAGUGGUCGGAUGCUAUGAAGACUGCGGUGGUCCAAAUGCUAAACACAACCGACUCAUCGUUAUACAAACUGGUUUCGGAGGAGCUGCAGUAUUCUCCGCCCGAAGCACUCGCUGACCUGGAAUCCCUAAUCCCCAUGGUAUUCGAACUCUACAUUGACAUUUACGAGCGAAUCACCAACCCUAGCAGCGCCGUUGAUUAUGCAACUCGCAUGGAAACCAAAUAUCGACUUCAGCGAUGGCUAGAUUUAGCAUCGGCAUAUAUACGCCUGAUGGACCGGCCGCAAACUGACACCCUAUGCGUCAGGUUUUUGUGGGCGUCCGUCUUGGUGUCGUCGCUCUCGGACAAUCCAGUCAGAGAGCACAUUCUCCUGUUGUGGACAUCACUUCGUGAUUUCCUGUCGGAAGAGAAAGUAGACACGCUGACUCUACCAAAUAAUGUAGUUAUGCCAACCAUCUCCCCAGUGGCUGCAGAUCGAGAGAUAUCCAAACUCACCACCAUGGAUUUUUUCCUCAGCCUUUUUCAAGAAGGGAUGGAAAGCCCCGUUCACGUUAUUGAAACCCUGGAGCCCGUUCUUAACCCUUCAUCCGUCUGUAUAUCGGUAGAGAAGCAGGACGAUCUGGCGGACUCGGAUGUCGCAUCCUCGGCUGAUUCAGAGUCACAAAAGAACAAGCAGUCUAUCUCGGAUUGUGCAACCCAAGGCAUGCGUGAUCUAUGGAAAUUUCUACGUAGCAGCAGCACCGAGCUGAGGCUAUUUCUGUGGUCACGACUUGGAGAUGCAUAUGAAGCCAUAAAAUAUACAACCAAGAGGUUCUCAUGCCACCUCAGAAGCAUCGAACUCAUUGUGGCGGAUCUGGAGAGUGAAAAGUACGCCAAGCUGCCGGACGAGUCUCGCUUGCUUCUUUACAUGAGGACCUUGAAGUCACUCGAUGAGUUGCUGAUCCAGGCACUAACAUUGGCCUUGAACGACCCCUCUGCAUUCGACAUCAUUGACGAUGACCACCUCAAGUCAAGCUGCAGUGCUCUCGCCAAGGUGAGCUCCAUUCUUCACACUGCAUUCUUGUGCGAGGACGAGGCCGCCAUUGGAGGCAAGAAAGCGCCGUCUUCGAAUUCUACUUUCCAGUCUCUCAUCACCAAAUUGCGAGAAAUGCAGGUGCGCACCUGGUGUCUACAGUUCACCAUGUUCAGAGCAGGGCUGCCCCUUCAAGAGUCCAUUGCUCCGGAAAAGGAUCUGGCCGACUUCCUCGCCGCCAUUCAUCAAGUAAUUGGUCUUCGAAAGUGCUGCAAGGCAUCCAACAAAAUCUUCCUUAAAGUCAUGCGUAUGGAAUUGCUUAAGAACAAGAAUAUCGAAAACUGGGAAGACUACCUGGGGCAGGUGGUUUAUGAUCUCUAUGGACUCAAACUUGGUGUUGGAGUGUGGGAAGUUCAAGACCACGGCUGUCCGCAUGAGAAACUCGAGAAGCGUCAGACGAUGCAGCUAGUUGAAAAGGUUAUGAUUCUGGCAAAUCGCAUGCCGAUGAAAGACCUCUUAAAGUCAGAUCUCAAGACGGCCAUUGACCAUAUGCAACAAACUAUUGGACAGCCAAAGUCUACACCCCAGAUGAUCCAUAACCUUCGCAACUUCACCGAACUCGUCAAAAAGCCCAUCCAUCCACUUCGAUUGUAUCAAGCGUUAUUCGGAGAGGUAUCGGUUGAUGCUGUUUCGACAAAUACACCGGAAGCUGCGCUGGCAAAACACGGCUGGUUUUUCUUGCUCGGAAUGAUAGCACUGACCAAGUUCAAAGCUGUUGAUUUGAACCGACGCCAGACACCAGGUGCAACAGAUGACCUUCGCAUUGGGGCGACCUUCCUGAGGCUACAGCUCCAAUUCAGUUCAGAUAGCUGGGAGUCGUGGUUCCGGCUGGCCGAAUGCUUCGACUACGAUCUAGACGAAGCAGUGCUGUGGACUGCUGACAAGAUGAACAAGGAUCGACCCGAACUGGUCAAAUUCCAGAGGAACGCAAUCCACUGCUACACGUUGGCCCUGUCUCAUUCAAGAUAUCAGGAGAUUGAAGUCAACGACGAAGAUCCGCUACAUGACUUGUAUCACAAGUUUGGAAUGCGUCUGUACGCCUCAAGUCGAGAGCCAUUUGCCAUGGAGCCCUUCCAGCAUUCCGAUCAGGAGCGGUUCUUUAUCCAAAAUAUGGGCGCUGGGACAUUCAAAAGGAUCCUACACGAGCAGAUGACGGAGUACAAAGUAUGGAAGUUUGCUGCCAAGCUUUUCAGAAUGGCCAUAGAGCGCAAGCCCGGGAACUGGAAGAAUCCGUAUAUGCUAGCCAAGUGUUAUUGGAAGAUGUACCAGACUCCAGAAGAAGAACUCGACAGCAGCGAUAAGGACACCAAGAUCGGAGUUCAAACAGUGCUAAAAGCGCUAAAAGACGCCGUCAAUGUGGCCAAUAAUGCGAGAAAGUCCCGCAGUAGCGAUCCGAUACUCGAGCCGCAUUACAAGAUCGUCUCUAUUGUGCACAAGCUUGUGAUGCGAGGGGAUCUCCCUGCCAAAGAGGCAGCCGAACUUUUAUCGGAGCAACCGUUGGGCGUGCAAUUUAAACCGGAUGAUAUCUUUGCUUCAUUCGCAGAACCUGAGGACUGGGAAGAGUACAUUAUCCCGACGCUCGUGAAGCUCAAGGAGAAGGAUAAGUCUAACUGGCAGCAUCGGAUUGUCGCACGCCAUGCCAAGAUUCUGUUCGAUGAGAGCAUCAUGGAACAAGUUAGUGACAUCAAGGUAGCGGCGAAGGCUGCUUUUGCCAUCUUGAGAGAAAACAUGUUUACCAAGACGAUGGUGAUGAAUGUGUGGAAAUGCGACGCAGAGCGUCCAGGUCGUCACCAUGUCUUUACUGAACAAUAUGUGCGGUUCAUGACCAAUCUCCUCGUGAUCAUGUCCGACAAGACAAACCUGGAGCAGCUGCUUCGUCGUCUCCGAAAGAAGGGCGCAGAUUUCUACCACUUUGUCGACUUGUGGCAGUCCUGCUGCAUGGCGUAUCUGAAGCUGUUGAGAGACACGCACAAUAUCCCCCAUCCUACCGAUGAUGCUUUCAAGACACUGUCUACCGAGGAGUUUGAAAUCUUUAGCGAGAGGAUUACUGAGUGGGCUGUUCGUGACGAGGCAAACAUUCCAGCCUUUAACUGCAUGAAGGAGGCCAUCGAAUUGAAGAAGCUUAAUGCCAAUUUGAUGAAGGUCGCCGGGAUCGAUGACUUGAUUAAUGAUUGUUACUCAAAGAUUUAUGUCGAUGUGGCAGCAACGUUGCCUGGACAGGAGCCAAGCAAGAUUAUCGAAGAGCGCAACCAGGCCAAAGAGAUUGCUGCCAAGCUCGAGGCGGCGGCUGCGGCUGCAGCCCAAGCUGAUUCCAAGCCGACGAGUUCUCUCAGCAACAUACUCAAUCCUCCAAGCACUCAUGAUAGCCUCCCCGGCACUGCGACGCCGCUAGAGGGAGAAAAGUCCGAAGCAGCACCGCGGACUCGAAAAACUGGGGUUCGUAGGCCGGACGUCCUUCGUAAGGCGGAACAAGCUGUUACUCGGUCUCUGGAAACACCCAAGUUGGCUCUCCCGAGAAGCCGUGUUGGAAGCAUGUCGAGUGCAAAACGCGAAAGCCAGACGCCAAACGCCGGUGCUAGUGAUGCCGACAGCGACGAGGAAGAAGGACCAGAUGCACAAGUUAGACGAGAAGCUGGGGAGGAUACUGAUAUGCCAGACACGCAUGCAUACGAGGAGGAUGGCCACGACGGCCAUGACGACUCCAAGUUGGAAGACAAGGAAGAAGAGCUUGAGAGUGAUGAUGCGCACAGUCUUGACGAGUCCGCCGAAGAAAGCGAUCUAAGUGAUGUUCCGGAUGAUUAUGAAGAGGACGUCCCACCGAGCUUGAUGUUCCCGCAUCUGGGACGGACGAUUCAAAGCGGCGAAACCAGUGGCGAAGACGCUGACAGCGAAAGCGAAGGCGACGAAGAAGAGGACGAGGAGGAAGACGACGAUGAAGACGAUGAAGGGCACGGAGAUGAUGAAGCCGAAGAAGCCGAGGAGGGCGAGGAGGAGCAUGAUGAAGGUGACCACGGUAAGGAUAUUCAUGAAGAAGGCGGCGAAGAGGAAGAGGAAGAGGAUGAAGAGGAAGAGGAUGAAGAAGGCCAUGAAGAGGAUACCGAGAUGGCGGAACCACAUACGCCGGCAGAUCACGACGAAUCUGUAGAUAUGGGGACAUGA